AAGUUGGUCAGUCGGCUAGUGGGUUCAACAUCGCGGUACAAGACGCACGUAUCCAGACGGUGUAGUCGAAAUAAAAACUCGUUACGAGAAUUGAAAACGUUAAUUAAAAUGACGAGAAAACCGUUUCGGUGUCGCCAGUAAAUAUUAAAAAAUAUUCAUAAUUAAAAAUGUGAAAUGCUAUUAGGUCAGUAAAGGUGUUAAUUUACAUUUUUGGGUUUAAGAAAUUAUAGCGCGGGAAAUCGCUUUCAAGAUGACUGUCCAAAGGUGUCGAUUUGGAAAAUUAUCCCGUAGUGAUGUGAAACAAAUAUUAUUUGUUGUUGUGCUGUUGACGAUUUUGGACUAUUUGCCACUUAAGUGUCAUGGACAAGAUUUUGACAGAGAUGCAAGAAGACUCUUUGGCGGUUACAGAAUAACACCGACGUACUGUAAAGCAUCAAGAGCAGCCAGAUAUAACAGAGGGGACACAAUAUGCAUGUUCAACCACGAAUGUGGUCAAAGAGGAGGAGAGGUCGUAGGUGCUUGUAUGGAUGGAUUCCUCUUUGGAGCUUGUUGUCAACUCAAAUCAGAUAGUCAAUCUCAUAUUCCGAAAGGUCCCGGAGUAGUCGUUCCCGGAUACACGGAUUAUUCAGAAACAGAAAAUGAGGGUGAUGAAUACGAUAGUUUUGAGCAACUCGAUUCAUGGCAUAAUAGUUUUAAACCUGUAGUAACUCCAGGAUAUAGACCUAUAGAUAAAAAUGUUUAUACUUUUACAAUAUCAACUACGGAACCUAAUUAUAGUACCGAGAGUGAGAUAUUGUCUGAGGGACUAAGCCACAUUACUAAUACUUUACUAAAUACUCCGCCGAAAGAUAAUAACAUUGGUUAUAUUAAGCCCGGCAAACCAGAUAAUAUCUAUACGCAUAGUACGAUAAACCACGGCAUCCCUGAUACAAUACUUUUCCAUGAAGAUGGAUCAGAAGUAGAAGAUAUUGCAAGACCAUCUGAUUUCAACAUACAAAUCUCUUCAUUGCAAACAAAACCGACUGUAGCUCCCACCACGAGUUCACAAUCAACGCCAACGCUAACUAUUUCGACACACAGACCUAUGUAUAAACCAAUAUUUAGACCAAAACCAGUAAAUAAACCAACACAUGAUAAUCCUACUGAAAAUUACAUACAAGUACCAACAGUAACUAAAGAAACGCAAAAAACUGAAUUAUCUUCAAUAGAUAGCAUUAUUCAAAUGUUAAAUGAGAGUACACCUAGUAUGAAAGAAGAGCCAAGUUCAUAUGCGACCAUUGAUAUGAUGGAGACGAAAUCUUCGCCAAUUCCAUCAUCCACUCAAUCUUAUCAGAGUAGCUCUUAUCCGGUUCAUCAUGUUACUACUGGACAUUACGUAACGUUGAAACCAUCGUCUUAUCCCAACAAUGGGUACACUUCGGCGGCUCUUUCAUUCACACAAAGACCUGCCACGUUGACAAGUAAACCAUCUUAUACCAUAAUUUAUACAACACCCAAUAUAAUAUCAGAAGAAACUUUACCAGAAAAGGUUCCCCAACCAAAUUUCUCCUCACCUGAACCUAGUCAAUCUACUAGUCAAGCGAUUGAGGCAUUCAAUAAAUAUCCCAAUGACCCCAGUGAAUUUGGAAAUACCGUCACUACUUUUAGCUAUGUCAGUUCUACCACAACAAAACCAACCUCUACAACUAGAAAACCGCCAUCUACCAGUUACGUCACAGGUAUAAAACCCUCACGGAAACCAGUUACAGAUUCGUUAAACACUGUAUCUACCUACAACGUAGCUCAAGACACAUUCUCAAGUGCAACACCAACUGUCAUUCUUUUAAAUAAUCUAGAAACAAGCAAACCCAGCUCAUCUGGAAACGAAGAACCUGAAUUCGUUGAAAUAUCACAAGAACCUUAUAAAAAACCAGUCAAUCAAAUAACAGUAAACAACGUUAUUGAAUCUACUAAUAACAUUUAUGUAAAUAAGCCACCACAGAAGUUUGAUAAACCUGCAUCACCUACGGUGGUUAUAACUCCAAAACCGUCACCAAGUACUACACCGUAUCCAGUAAAGUCUUCCACGAAACCAGUAUCAGUUGCAACGUCGGACGUACCGAUUUUCGAUUCAUAUACAGAGUUGUACUCACCAACAACUUUGAGACCAGAAUUACAAACCUCUCCUGAUGAUUUAAUAAACUUCCCACCAGUGAGAAACCCUAUGCUCAAUGCUACUGGAUCGAAUGUAGUCAUUUACAACACGACCGUUGACAACGAUUUAGAUACUUUACAAGAACUAGAAUUUACUACACCUUCAUGGCAUGAAGAUGAUAAAUUGAAUGAAAAAAUGAAUCUCUUCGUAAACAAGAUUGUCGGAAGUCUUCAAGGCACAUUCCAAGAGCUCCACGAUAUCGUUAUACUUGAUAAGAAACCUAACGCAACUAUAAUCAAAGAUACCAAAACAACAACAACAAUAAGACCCACGCGUAGAACGCCAGCUACUACACGAAGACCUGUUGUUACGACCAAAAAACCUACACGAAUUACUACUACUAGAAAAACUCCGGUAAGAACGACUAAAAAGCCUACAAGGUUAACAACAGCCGUAAGAAGACCAACAACAACACCCACAAUCCCAACUACCACAAAGAAAACGGUAACGACCACCAAAAAGCCUAAGCCAACCAAAAAGGUGACGACCACAACUGUUACUCCCAGCACUACAACUGAACUUUACGAUGACAUAACGACUGAAAGUUACACGGAACAAGUGAUUAACUAUGAUGAUAGAAGCCUAUGCGGAGUACGACCGCUUGUAAAAUCUGGUCGAAUCGUUGGCGGGAAGAACGCUUCAUUCGGUGACUGGCCGUGGCAAGUGCUCAUCAGAGAGUCAUCCUGGUUAGGACUAUUCACAAAGAACAAAUGCGGUGGAGUGCUGAUCACCAAUCGUUUUGUAACCACUGCUGCUCAUUGUCAACCAGGCAGCUUCAUGGGGUCAUUGGUAGCAGUGUUCGGUGAGAACGAUAUAUCUACCAACUUGGAGCCGAGGAGACCAGUGGCGAAGAACGUAAGACGAGUGAUACCUCAUCCUAAAUACGACGCUGCGACAUUCGAAAACGACUUAGCCCUCCUCGAGUUGGAUACGCCGAUUAAAUACGAACCGCAUAUUGUGCCGAUAUGUAUGCCACCUGAUGAGGCUGAUUUUACGAACCGUAUGGCGACAGUCACGGGAUGGGGCAGGCUUAAAUACGGCGGUGGUGUUCCUGCUAUCCUUCAAGAAGUUCAGGUGCCAGUGAUGGAGAACAGUCAUUGCCAGUACAUGUUCCAGACAGCGGGACACUCUAAGAAAAUACUAGAUUCCUUUAUCUGCGCUGGAUAUUCUAACGGGAAGAAAGACUCCUGUGAGGGUGACAGCGGUGGUCCUUUGGUGGUGAAGAACGAUGAUGGAAGAUGGGUGUUAGUGGGCACGGUAUCUCACGGCAUCAAGUGCGCAGCGAGAUUUCUACCCGGCGUCUAUAUGAGAACUACCUAUUAUAAACCGUGGUUUAAAAGUAUAACAGGAGUGAAAUGAAUGCAUUAGAAGUGCUGGGAUAUAACCUAGAAAUGUCACUUUGAAUACCUUAAAAUCAAACUAAAUAAGCUCAACUUCUAAGAAUGCUCAAAAUUUUAAAUAAAAUAAUACAAUUUUAUUUACCAAAGUUUUGCAUAAAAAAUACAUAAAACACUCCUUUAAAAAAACUAUUUUCAGUACAAGAAUGUACAUAACAUUGAGUUAAUUAAUGUUAAUGCAUUAAAAACAUUAUAAGUAUCAAGCUUGAUUUAAAAGAGAAAAUUUGAAACAUAAGUCACAUUAAUUUUCUUACGUUGAAACUCAACGUGCUCUCUAAAUCAGAAUUCAAUAUAGUCAAAAAUAAUUGGAUAUUUUAGAAGACACAUAAAAGAUAAUAAUUAGUAUACGUUGUAUAAAAUAUUUGUUAGUUUUAAGCUUUGUACAUUAAAAGGCAUUUAUUUAUUUAAAUCUAGUUUGUAAAGUGAACAAUUGAACUGUUCUGCAUUGACAAAGUGACUACCUUUGUCCUUAUUGACUAUAUUUUAGUCGCUCAAUUUAUAUAAGUAGGAAAAAUAUUUAAUUUUAAAAUGACUGUUAUGCAUUUAAUAAAAAAUAAGAUCUA